CAGCCCUCUGUCGAUUUCGGCGUUUCGUUUUGCAAAGCAACUUGAGCGGAACCGCAGGAAGAGAACCCUUAGAUACGACGAAUAUAGCGAGCUACUGAACCGCCAGGUUAAUCAGGUCGUCUAAACAAUAGCAACGCAGCGCAAGUCACUAUUCAUCACUACGCAAUGGGACCCUCAGCAAACGGCGAUGUCUCGGCCGGGGACAAGUGCCCAGUAGACCACAGUUCCUUUGUGAAGGUCGCUGGCGGCCAGAAGGGAAGCUCAGAUAGCAAGGGAGGCUGUCCUGUCGACCAUGGCGGCAGUGCCAGCAAGCCCGCUGGUCAUCCUCCUACACCAUCCGACUCCCUCAACCCUUUGAACAUGAUGCCAAACCUAUCCCAACACCCGCUAUCCGCUUCUCAACGCACAGUCCUCUCGACAUCUCGAACACAGUCGAGUAUCCCACGACCAGAUGUGAACGAAACAUGGGACUACCCAUCGCCCCAACAGUUCUACAACGCGCUUGUACGGAAGGGUUACGAGACCCCCGAGGCCGAAGUGCCGACUAUGGUGGAUAUUCACAACUUCCUGAACGAGGCGUGUUGGGGGGAGGUGCAAAAGUGGGAGAAGAAGUUCCACUGCGAUUGCAAGGAUCUUAAGCUGAAGAAGUUCCAAGGGAGGCCACAAGAUCUGACUCCGAAGGCGCGGAUGUAUAGUUGGUUUGGGGUGGAGAAACCGUUCGAUCGUCACGACUGGACCAUAGAUAGAUGCGGAGAGGAUGUCCGAUAUGUCAUUGAUUACUACUCUGCACCGGACGAAGAGCCAGGGGUUCCCGCCUUCAACUGUGACGUGAGGCCGGCGCUUGACAGUCCAUCGGCGGUAUUCGAUAGGGCUCGGAUGGGAGCGCAGCGCAUAUGGGAGAGGGUCUUUGGGCCAUCAGAAGCCGCACAUGAGGCGGCAUAAUACCAGGACACCGACAUAUGCAAUCAUCAUUUAUAUAGACGCACAUUACGGUCGGCACCCACAUAAUCUGUAACUCGAAAGUCUUUUUUCCCCAUUUCCUAUCGAAUGUCGAUGCAUUCGCGGACUCGUUCUACCUUACGGUAUGCGAAACUGAGCUCGCAGUCGGGGGUGGCUGUGUUGAUAAUAUAUUCGCGUG